UUUCAAUUAUUUGACAAAUUGACACAGCUGUCCUUCUUCUUAGACAACAAUACUACCUAUGUACUAAUAGUACACCUUGGAACCUUCACAAUACACACUCCAUCCUCCAUCCUCCAUCCUUGAUACUGGAUACCCUCGACAUCGUCCUCGCAACUUAAUUCAAAUCCACUGCAUAAUUCAUUUAAAAUUAAACCUAGACCACAGUCAAAAUGACGGAAGGAAUACAGGUUGAUGAAGAUGCCGCUGCUGCUGCGCGAGCUGCAGAGCAGACCCGUAUACGCAAGGAACGUCGCGAAGCCAAGAUCAAGGGUAGCGCAUCUACACGACUCAGCAAGAUCACUAGCCUAGGUGGAGGCAUACAAAGGGCUCCUGAACCUCAACCAUCAUCUGAAACCAGCACGCCAGAAGCAGCUGCCACUUUAACGACAGCUUCAGAGCAACACGGAGAUCCAGAGGAAGUCGAUAUAUCGCAACACUACUACGAACCCGGCACCACUGCUCGACCUGAGCUUGGCGAUUUGCCAAGCAACGUCUCUGAGGCCCAAUUACGCCAGAUGAUGCUUGGCCUCAACCACCCAUCGUCAGCUGGCGCCACCCCCCCGAUGCCUGGCAUGGAGGGUAUGGAAGAGGAUCCCAUGAUGAAAAUGCUCUCGCAAAUGAUGGGUGGUAUGCCGGGCGGCCCUGGCGCUGGCGGUGCUGAUGGCGCAAAUCCAUUCGCCGGAACACCUAUGGACGGGCUAUUCGGCAACUUGAGCAAGAUGAAUGGCGGCGCCAACCCCAUGCAGCAAGCGCAACAGGAAGCUGCGAACAAGACGGCGAACCUCUGGCGCAUCCUGCACGCCGUAUUCGCGCUAGGACUAGGCCUCUUCCUAGCAUUCACAACCACCUUCACAGGUACCCAAAGCGAGCGCGAGCACGCGACCAUCGCCAAUAAAUACUCGGACCGUGAAGACAGCAUCGAGCACACGCGUGCAUACUUCUUUUACGUGUUCUCUACCGUCGAGGCGUUGCUACUCACCACGCGAUACUUCCUAGAAAAGGACCGAGAGCCGCCUAAGGGCUGGAUGUGGACAGUCAGCGGCUUCUUACCUGGACCGAUCAAAGGCUACACGCAGCAUGCGCUACGCUACGGACGCAUUCUGGGCACGGUGCGAAAUGAUGCGUUGGUUUGCGUAUUUGUGUUGGGAGUCUGUAGCUGGUGGAGAGCAUGACCAUGAGGGACUAUUGGUACUGCAUAUAGGGAGGUUAUGAAGAUUGAUGUUAAUGAUAGAGGCAUAGCCAGUAAUACAACGCGAGAAUAAUUAAUAACCCACCGUCUUCGUCACGGCCGAGUGUUAAAACAAGAACGACAUAAGUGGGAGAUCUCAUACUGAUAUCGCGAUAGGGGCAUUUCUUAUUAAGUACAUCAUUAUAGCGUCAGCUUGGAAUAACGCUUCUUCCACUUGGCCUCUUACACGCGAAGCUUGUUGAAAAACAGAAUAGGGAGAAAGAAAAAAGGAAAGACUUACCCGCCAUCUGGGGAAUCGGACCCCAGAAUCCAAUGGUCGGUUAUUGUAGUGGCAAUUGAAGCAUUGACUUUAUAUACAGUCUAAGAGCAAAUUCGACGAACCGAACCGCUAGGCCAUACCAACCUGGCUACCAGAUGCACUUGCUACUUUGGUUUAUAUAUUUUCCAUAUCCUGAGCUCGGGCCAAAGCUUGGGUGCGGUGGCGACAAAGUGUUGUGAUGAUGGAGUGAA